ACCACCAGAAACUACAAAGUUGAUGAGUUAAAGAACAGACUCAUUAUAUCAAAAUCACGGAUGAGAAAUAAUUCUGCAAUAACAUUCAUCCUGCUGGGACUAACAGAUGAUCCACAGCUACAGGUUUUUCUUACGGUAUUUCUGUUUCUCACCUACGUAUUUACUGUUGCUGGAAAUCUAACCAUUAUCCUUCUCACAUUAAUGGAUCCUCACCUUAAAACCCCCAUGUACUUUUUCCUUCGGAACUUUUCCAUCUUAGAAAUAUUAUUUACAACUGUCUGUGUUCCUAGAUUCCUGUACAGCCUGACAACUGGAGACAAAACUGUGACCUAUAAUGCUUGUGUCAUUCAAUUAUUUUUUGUCAUCCUCAUCGGAGCAACGGAAUUCUUUCUUCUAACCGCCAUGUCCUAUGAUCGCUAUGUGGCCAUUUGCAAACCCCUACACUACACCACUAUUAUGAAUGACAGGGUGUGCACUAUACUGGUCCUUUCCUGUUGGUUGGCUGGGUUAAUUGUCAUUUUCCCACCAAUUAGCCUAGGAAUUCAGCUAGAUUUCUGUAAUUCCAAUAUCGUUGACCAUUUUGGCUGUGAUGCAUCCCCUCUUCUGAAGAUUGUGUGCUCAGACACGCAAUUUGUAGAACAAGUUGUUUUAACCAUGGCUGUGCUGACCCUCAUAUUCACACUGGUGUGUGUAAUUAUGUCCUACACAUACAUCAUCAAGACUAUUUUAAGACUUCCUUCUGCUCAACAAAGAAAAAAGGCUUUCUCUACUUGUUCUUCCCAUGCGAUUGUCGUUUCCAUCACCUAUGGGAGCUGCAUCUUCAUCUAUAUCAAGCCAGCAAAGGAAGGAGUGGCACUUAAUAAGGUGGUGUCAUUGCUCAACACUUCAUUUAUCCCUUUGAUGAACCCGUUCAUUUACACACUACGAAAUAAGCAAGUCAAACAGGCCUUUAAGGACUCAAUUAAAAAGAUGACAUUUUUCUCAGAGCAUUAG